AUGCACCAUGCAUUGCUCACCCCAGAUAUUAUCGUCCUGAUUGUAGCACAGUUCUUGCCGACAGAAGGGCAAUUUACCGACUAUUGUAGCCUAGCAGCACUGGCACGAACAUCCCAUGCCUUUCACGAAGCUGCGCUCAACGCUCUCUGGCAUACACAGAUUGGCAUAGUCAAUCUUAUAAAAUGCAUGCCUUUAGACCUAUGGGAAGAAAUUAUGUCGGGCCUGAAAUUCGUCAGGCCAGUCGUCCCAAAUGACUGGGAACGCUUCGACUAUUAUGCGUACCGCGUUCGGAGUGUACUUGCGUACAGAGCAAUCUCCUCUCCUGAGCGAGAGCGCAUGAUUUCUCCUGUAAGGCUUUUGGACGAUGUGUACAUUGCCAUCAGACAGUGUCGACCGUCUGCACCCCUUCUGCCCAAUGUGCAGACUUUAAGUUGGUCUCGCCUCUUCCAUGUCACCAGCUUUCCCUUUAUCGAGAUGUUUUAUGGACCACAAUUGUCCUCCUUGACGCUCCUCUCCUUCGAUAUCUCGUGCGCGGAAACACUGCCGCUGAUUGCGCGCAUUCCAAAACUUCUACCUGAACUCUGCAAACUUAGCCUCCACCUUUGGCCCGGCAUAGGCCGUGACGUCGGCGGCCGUCCCAACUCUUUUGCAGUUCCGCCUGGGACGUUGUCGGCCCUCCGGAAUCUACGUGAACUUACGUUGUACUCUGACUUACCCAUCCCAUACUACCUGGAAAUGUUUCGUUAUGAAGCUAUUCUGAACAGCCGCGAGUUUGUGCUGCCAGGCCCACUCAUACUUCCACCGCCUGGAUUAAUCAACCUCCAGCUGUUGUCGCACACACUCUCGCCUUGCAAAUCUAUUCUGGAGCUCUCGCACUACAGUAGUCUGCGAUACAUCAGCGUCACGGCCUCCCAUGACAUCCCCAAGCUUAUCGGACUCUUCUUCCGAGCUCUGCAUGACCAUUGUUCGCAUACAGCGCUACAAGAGCUUCAUAUCACAGUCGGACGUAUCGCCAUCAAUGCCACAGAUAGCAGACCUGAGCUGACAUCCGAAUCUGCCUCAUUUCAUUGGCUGUACGUGUUCAGCUCUCUCCAGCGGCUCGUGGUUCAUUUGGCUCCUAACGUGCACUUGAAUGACCGGGACCUCGAGGAUAUGGCAGCUGCUUGGCCAGAAAUCCGAGAGCUCUCAUUCAAUCGCGAGGUCAUCAUUGUGCCUCCGUUCUCGCCCGCUAUUACCUGGAAUGGUGUGGUCUCACUUGCGCGACACUGCCACAACCUACAGACAUUGGGGAUUGAUUUCAAUGUAUCAGGGUCCAACGUGCCCCAAGGGGACUUCUCCAGUGACGUUAUACCGAACAGGACAGUCACGACGCUAAUCUUAGGCCAUUCCUCUCUCGGCGGUGACCCAAGAGAAGCUGUCGCCGCUGUGCUUGGCUUAUUCCCAAAUCUCGAAAAUGUGGAAAUCCUCUUGGUCCUAUCUUCAAAUUUCUGGAUUCGAGUAGCAUUUGUAGCAUUCAAGCUCGUGCGCGUCGGAUAG